AUGAACAAAAUCAAGACCGAAGCUGGAUUGUGUGAUAGAGGACCUCUUCAGGUGACCGAUAAAAAUAGAUCGAGACUAGCCGCUUCCAGCCUUUCACGUGAGCCCUCUUUCGAAGAACAACAGCUACAGCGAGAACUGGAUGCCAUCAAAGAACGCGAAGUCGACCUCUCGGAACAACUGCGCUUCUCUGAAGAGGAGCUUGAAUUUUUUGUGACGAUGACAGCUCGCUCUGAUGAUGUUCGUCAUAUAAUGGACGACAGCUUAGCACCUUUUACCGAAAUCGAAGAAAAUUGCCUUGGAAACAGCGUCAACAUGAAUCUUCCAGUAAAGCCAAAUGACAGCUGGUCAGGAGAAACCCGCCGUCGUCUUCUGGUGGAACCGACCUUCGAAUCUCUUCACCCAAUACUUUCACUCGAAAUGGAAGCGGCCCGGGAAAACAUGUCUUCUGCCAACUUUUCUCCUCUGACUGGAUUUAUGGGACAAGGUAGUGGUGAAAUAACUCCUCGACCCGACGGUUGUAUUGGAACCCCGGUUGCCAGUAGCCACAGUCUCCAAGCCUCGUUACAGACUCGACUUGAAGUCUCGGAGGAAGAGAACACCGGCUUGCAACGCCGGCUUGCCAGUCUACAAAAAGAGGCGGCUGCGACUCACGGAGAAUUGAUGAGACUUCACGACCGCCUUCGUGGCGAGCAGAUGGGCAUCAGUUAG